AUGUCGCCAAGAUUAGCACCUUUCCAGUCGCUGGCUCGCCAAUGCCGCUCCUUCAUGUGCGAGCAAACGGCAAAAUUCUCAUCGACCCUUCCCGCCGCGAGACUCGUGGAACAAAGCACCAGCUCCGGAUCCAAGCUGCUUAAUCAGAUGGACGCGGGCCGCAGCGAAACCCCGGCGAACGCCAUAAAGAAGUACAUGUGGUCUGCAGAGGCCCGCGAGAGGAACAAGAACGACUACACCGCCAAACACGAAAGAACUCAGAUCCAGUUGCGCAAGAACCAGGUCGCAAGCAACUACCUCCGCCAGUCACCCCGGCGCUGGAACCAGGGCGAGCUCUACUCGCCCCACGACCUGUCGCCCGAGGAGCUCUCCCGCUUCCGCAAGCCUACGCGGCCCAAAUUCGAUGUGAUUGACGUCCUGGGCAUAAACCCGCUGGAUGAGUACCAGAACUUCUCCAUGAUUUCGGAGUUCAUGACACCCAUGGGCCGGAUAAAGCACUCCAAAGAGACUUGCCUACGUCCCGUAAACCAGAGGAAGAUUGCCAAGGCUAUCAGGAGGGCCGUCGGACUGGGAUUACACCCUAGUGUGCAUCACCACCCAGAGCUUCUCAGGACCCGUUAUGCCAGCGUUUCCGCUUCCGGUAGGCGGUCCGUGUAA